AUGGCCCAAUCUAGCAGCAACGAUGGUUUCCUUCCCCAACCGAAGGGAUUCGCCACCAAGGCGAUACACGUUGGACAGGACGCGGAGCAGUGGACCAGCAUGGCCGUUGUUCCACCGAUCAGCAUGAGCACAACGUUCAAGCAACACGGUCCGGGACAGCAUGCAGGUUUCGAGUACGGACGAAGUGGCAAUCCAACGCGAGAUGUGCUGGAACGUUGCAUUGCCUCCCUUGACAAUGGCCGUUUCGGGCUUACGUUUUCUUCCGGGCUUGGUGCAACGACGACGAUUAUUACGAUGCUGCAGAAUGGUGACCACAUCGUCGCCGGUGACGAUCUGUACGGCGGUACGAACCGCCUGCUGCGUAACGUUGCGCUGAAGAUGGGUAUCGAGGUGGACUUUGUCGAUCUUACCAAACUGCAGCUGGUCGAGCAGGCUAUCAAACCGAACACGAAACUGUUCUGGAUGGAGACGCCUACCAAUCCACUGCUGAAGGUGGUGGAUAUACGCGCGGUGUCGGAGAUUGCUCACAAGCAACCGGGUAUUGUGGUGGUGGUGGACAAUACAUUCCUGUCGUCGUACCUUCAACGGCCACUAGAUCUGGGUGCGGAUGUCGUUAUGUACUCGCUCACCAAGUACAUGAACGGUCACUCGGACGUCAUUAUGGGUGCCAUGGUUACCAACGACGAGCUCGUGUACGAACGUUUAAAGUUCUUGCAAAAUGCUGCCGGAAUUGUGCCAUCGCCAUUCGAUUGCUAUCUGGUCAACCGUAGUUUGAAAACGCUCGCCCUGCGCAUGGAACGUCACAAGAGCAAUUCGCUGGCCAUUGCCAAUUUCCUGGAAGCCCACCCGAAAGUCGAACGGGUGCUACAUCCGGGGCUAGCGAGUCAUCCACAGCACGAGCUGGCCAAGCGUCAAACGUACGGCCACAGUGGCAUCAUGUCAUUCUACAUCCGUGGUGGACUCGAGGAGUCCAGCAAUUUCCUGAAGGCGCUGCAGGUGUUUACGCUCGCAGAAAGUCUUGGCGGAUACGAAAGUUUGGCCGAAUUACCAUCGGUCAUGACGCACGCCUCUGUCCCACUGGAACAUCGUCAAGUGCUCGGCAUAACCGAUGGAUUGGUGCGUUUAUCCGUCGGUUUGGAAGAUGUGGAUGAUCUGAUCAGCGAUUUGAAGCAAGCAUUGGCGAAGGUGUAA